CUCCGAGUUUUGUACUGUUUAUAAAAAGUUCUGAAGUUCUGUCUUGUGUUGUUAUUAUCAUGGCUUCACGAAGAACUAGAAAAGUCUGUCAGGAUUCUGACGGUCAGCCCGAAGCGCAGCACAACUAUGACCAGAAAAUUAGACUUACUAAGAGAAAGGAGCUGUUUAUACAGCAGUUUGAGAAGGAAGCCCAGGACCGGAUAAAUGAAAUGGAGGCUAAUCUGAACAAAUUACUGGCCACUGUGGACCGAGUCUUCAAAAUAGAGCUGAUGAAAAUGCCUCAGUCGCUCCACACCACGCUGAUUAAAGACCUGAUGAAUGAUGAUGACACGUCUGUGGGGGAGGUCACUAUGGCGCUCAAGUGUGCGUCUCCAGAAAUUCAGAAACCCUUAUCUCGAAAACCAAGCAAAAAAGGUUUGAGUGUCGCAGUAGGCCAACAGAGGUCAUCAGGUCAAAACAAGACCGCUCCAGUUGAAGGCCCAAAGAAACCCACUAAGAAGACCCUGCACAACAGUAAGAGCACUGGAAGUCUGAGGUGUGCCUCAACUGUCAGUGCAAAAAGAACCCAAGGACGGGUUGUCAAAAUGGGUGAUCAGGCUUUGGGGUUGGGUAAAUUCAGACAAACGAGUCGCUCUGUUGGUGAUGAAAUGAUGGCGACAGCCACAAUAGUAACUUCCCUUGGAGAAACACUGUUCCUUUCUGAAGACAAUAAAGAUGACAUCAAUGUUGAGUUGUUAGAUGAUGCAGCUGUACAUCAGAUGCGAAAAAUCAAGGAUCUAAUGGACUAUCUGUGUAACAAAGUGGGGCUCAAUAACACCCGCUGAUAUUUGAAGAGAAAUGUGUAUAUAUAUUUUUUAAUUGUAAAACUAUUGUAAGUAAAUGAAAUAAAGUGAUUUAUUUAA